GCUGCAAUGGUGUGGUGUGCCAGACUACCUCUUGCCUGUAGGGACUAGGAACGCUGACACGUCGGACAGAACUGCUAAUUAAAAAACAGUUCAAUGAACAGUCAUCUUGACUGACCGUGACGAUUGUACUGCUCUCACCGAGCGACUGUAUCAAGAUUCAGCACUGAUCGCUGUCCAUUUGCGCAAGCUGGCUGAUCACUGCGUGUCACUUGAGGGAGAAUGCAGAUUCCACUACUUGCUGUACUCCUUGCAGUUUGAGAUGAGUAGCAUAAGGUAUAAGACUGCUGCGUUUAAAUUGAGCUGCUUUCAUGGCCCAUGCCACCAGCGGCGAAUGUGCCGAGUGCGAAUGUUUCUGCUGUGCUUGUGCAUACUGCUGGGAAUGGCUCUGACUCUGGGGUUAGUGUUAUCUGCCAAUGAAACAAAUAGACAAGAAAAUAUUUCAGUCAGGGUUCCAGAUCUUAACAACGAUAAGCUGACUCACAGGCCAAGUAAGCCUACUGCAGCCCAAGUGAAACGACUGGUCUCUCAGGUGAACUGGGGUAGACUAUGGUAUGCCCAUCUCAAGCCAUUACUUAUAGAGCGAAAUCCGGGUUCCCGUGGUAGCCUUGCUGUUCAAAGGCAUAUUUCCUCACUCUUGGACUCUCUCUCUGCGGGAUGGUCAGUGGAGAUUGAUUCCUUUAACUCUGAAACCCCUCGUGGUCCAAUUAACUUCUCUAACAUCCUGGCAGUGUUAGACCCCAUGGCUCCACGCCGACUGCUGUUGGCUUGUCACUAUGACACAAAGAUAAUAGGUCCCCUUGACCAGAAGCAGGUCUUUUUGGGGGCUACUGACUCAGCAGUUUCUUGUGCUAUGAUGCUGGAGCUCGUCACUGCACUAGACAUACAUCUGAAAAAGCUUAAACAGCAGAGUGCUCAAGUGACACUACAGUUAGUCUUCUUUGAUGGUGAAGAAGCAUUUGAGGAGAGGUCCCCCACUGACUCGUUGUAUGGUUCCCGCCAUCUCGCUGACUACAUGUCCCAAGUUCCACAUCCUCCAGCCUCUGAACAUACUACACUGCUGCAUGCCAUUGAUCUCUUUGUUCUAUUGGAUCUGAUUGGUGCCCCAAGUCCUACAUUUGUUAACCAUUUUGAGAAUACAGCUCGUUGGUUUGAACGUCUUAUAUCUGCAGAAAAGAGACUCCAUAACCUGGGCCUCCUCUCUUCCUACUCCACUGAGCAGACCUACUUCAAGAAGGACAUAAUCAUGGCUCCAGUAGAAGAUGACCAUACACCUUUCCUUCAGAGGGGAGUUCCAGUGCUACACAUCAUUGCUACACCCUUCCCUUCCUAUUUGCAUUCAGUGGAGGACACUGCAGACAAGGUUCACAGUGAUACUGUGGAAAAUCUCACCAAAGUUCUGGUGGUCUUUUUAGCAGAAUAUCUUGGACUGUAGGAGAAUGUUAUAUCCCUCAUUAAGACUAUACCUCUGCCAUCAUAACAUCCAGUACAAGUUGUCAUAAAACAAGGAUCUAUAAUGUAUGAGAUAAUGUGUGAGCUGCUUUUCCAGGUUGAAACUUUUCCAGCAACAAUCAAGAACUAAUCAAUCAGUCAUAUCCCAAAUAAUAAUCAUUAAUAAUUAAUCAUCUGGAUUUCAGUCAAUGCGCAUCUACUAGUACCCUUGAAUAAUGUUUAAUAAUGUUGGUGAGAUAGUGGCUUACUGGUUCAUCCUAAAAUGCCUCAAUAUUAUUUUUCCUGUAUGUCUGGUAGCAUUUGAUCCAGCUUUCCAGCUUAUGGCCUGCUAUUUCAUUGGUCAUUGAAAUGCGGUUCACCAUUGUUUCAAGUUGUUAGACAUAAUACAUUACAAAUCAAUACUGACUCUUUGUGUUUGAAAAUGAUCAGGAAACCUAUUCAAUAUGUUAGCCAUACAUUUUAUAGAUACCUCUGAUUUGCAUUGUCUUAAUGUUCAUUUGGCUUUAAAUGGCAAGCAUGUAAUUAGCUAAUGCCAUUUUGUGUAUUACAUUAUAUUAUAUAGACAUACGAGAUGUGUGCAAAGCUAGAGUCAAUGAAUAUAGUGAAUUUAAAGAAAAAAUGCUCAGUAAGCUACUAUUUCACAUGGCAUGAGCUACAAAUUGUAGGCCCUUGCUCCAUACAGACAAAUUGAAGAACUUGGUACCUGGAAUACAUUUGGUACAAAAUUGUACCUGGAAUAUUUUCUUUAAAACUUGGUCAGGUUAUUGUGCAUGAGUUUAUCUUCUCUUAGCUCUCCCAAUGGAUUAUACGAUAGGUCAACCAGUGCUUGUUUUAGGCAUGAAAAUUUGUAAUUUUCCUUUGGAACAUCCAUUCUACAUUAUAAGCUCAACAUGUAUCUUUCAGUACUAGUAUACAAUUGUCCACAUCACUGGUUUAACAGAUCACCUUGUACCUCACUUAAUGGCUAACCGCAAAAAGACAACACUCCAAAUGCUAGUAAGAUAGGAAUUGCAAUGGUCUGAAACACCAAAAAGAAAAAUUACUUAAAUUCUCAGUGGUCAGUAUGUCCUUUCCUUUUAAAUAGUAGGAAAGAUGAAUAUCCUGCCUUCUGUGCACUUUGCCAGACUUAAAAACUGAUACCAAGUUUGGUGAUUAAAGCAUUCAUUUCUAGAUGAAAUUGGUUAAUUCUGUUAUCUAAAUAAGACAGGUUAUGGUUUUAAUUUUGUGAGGUGUAGUGGCAUAUUCCUGUCCCCUGAUUGUCCUCCUUUUGGUGGUGUGAUGUUCUCCUUUUAGGGGUUAUUAAAAUGGCCACUCUAUAUAUUGGGUGCCUUUAUUACUGAAUUUUGCUGUGAACAGGGCAUUGUGCUAGUUGGUGAAUUUGUGUGAAAGGUAAUGUUGUUAAACAGCUAUGCCAAGGCAGAUGUUGGAACUAUGAUGUAGGCCAACAUCAAAGAAACAUUUGGAGGGGAGUAAUGGAUAUUAGAGUGCAAUAAUAAUCAAAAUGUAGGGCAUGCAACAUAGACAACACUCAGUAAAGUCUUUUAACUCAAUACUGUUGGUGAGUACUGAAUGCACAUGAUAAAAUGUAGUUAAAUAAUAUACAAUAACCUGCCUAAACCUAUAACAAUAAUUGCAUAAAAUACUGUUGCUUUCCAUUUUCAUUGGCCUUUUGUUUUGAAAUAGAGUAAAUAUUAUCAGAGAAAUUCCAGUACCUCCAUUGUGCUGCAAUGUCACAUUUCUGUAGGCCACUAUCUGCUGAUUAUCUCAAAGUCGUAGGCUAUGCAAUAUAAAGUAUAGACUACAGUUUGCAUAGAAUGCUGUAAAUUAUUUUUAAAAUAAAAGAAAAUGUCUUA